GGCUGACAGUACCUGGUGGCAUAGGGCAGACACGCCUGCAGACAUUCUCUGGGAAAGGGCAGCAGCAGCCAGGUGUGGCAGUGACAGGGAGAGUCUCUGUCACCAGGCUGGAGUAUAGUGGCACCAUCUCGGCUCACUGCAACCUUCACCUCCUCAGUUCAAGCAAUUGUCCUGCCUCAGCCUUCCCAGUUGCCGGGACUACAGAGGUGCACCACCACACUCAGCUAAUUUUUGUAUUUUUAGUAGAGACAGAGUUUCACCAUGUUGGUCAGGAUGGUCUCGAUCUCUUGACCUCGUGAUCUUCCCACCUUGGCCUCCCAAAGUGCUGGGAUUACGGGCGUGAGCCACUGCACCCAGCCUUUUUUCUUUUUUUUUUUUUGAGACAGAGUCUCAUUCUGUCACCCAGGCUGAAGUGCAGUGGCACGAUCUUGGCUCACUACAACUUCUGCCUCCUGGGUUCAAGUGAUUCUCCUGCCUCAGCCUCCCUAGUAGCUGGAACUACAGGCAUUGCCACCACAUCCAGGUGUGAAUGAGGCAGGAUGAACUGGACAGGUUUGUACACCUUACUCAGUGGCGUGAACCGGCAUUCUACUGCCAUUGGCCGAGUAUGGCUCUCCGUCAUCUUCAUCUUCAGAAUCAUGGUGCUGGUGGUGGCUGCAGAGAGUGUGUGGGGUGAUGAGAAGUCUUCCUUCAUCUGCAACACCCUCCAGCCUGGCUGCAACAGUGUCUGCUAUGACCAGUUCUUCCCCAUCUCCCAUGUGCGGCUGUGGUCCCUGCAGCUGAUCCUAGUUUCUACCCCAGCUCUCCUCGUGGCCAUGCACGUGGCUCACCAGCAACACAUAGAGAAGAAAAUGCUGCGGCUUGAGGGCCAUGGGGACCCCCUACACCUGGAAGAGGUGAAGAGGCACAAGGUCCACAUCUCAGGGACACUGUGGUGGACCUAUGUCAUCAGCGUGGUGUUCCGGCUGCUGUUCGAGGCUGUCUUCAUGUAUGUCUUUUAUCUGCUCUACCCUGGCUAUGCCAUGGUGCGGCUGGUCAAGUGUGACGUCUACCCAUGCCCCAACACAGUGGACUGCUUUGUGUCCCGCCCCACGGAGAAAACCGUCUUCACCGUCUUCAUGCUAGCCGCCUCCGGCAUCUGCAUCAUCCUCAAUGUGGCCGAGGUGGUGUACCUCAUCAUCCGGGCCUGUGCCCGCCGAGCCCAGCGCCGCUCCAAUCCGCCCUCCCGCAAGGGCUCGGGCUUUGGCCACCGCCUCUCACCUGAAUACAAGCAGAAUGAGAUCAACAAGCUGCUGAGCGAGCAGGAUGGUUCCCUGAAAGACAUACUGCGGCGCAGCCCUGGCACCGGGGCCGGGCUGGCUGAGAAGAGUGACCGCUGCUCGGCCUGCUGAUGCCACAUACCAGGCAACCUCCCAUCCUGCCCCCGCCCCUGCCCUGAGUGCGCCCCUCCUUCUCCCCUGCCGGUGCACAGGCCUCUGCCUGCUGGGGAUUACUCGAUCAAAACCUUCCUUCCCUGGCUACUUCCCUCCCUCCCAGAGCCUUUCAUUUGAGGAGCUGGAGGGCUGGGGAGUUGGAGGCCACCUAUGCCAGUGCUCAAGGUUACUGGGGGUGUGGGCUGCCCUUGUUGCCUGCACCCUUCCCUCUCCCUCUCCCUGGGAUCACUGGGGACAAGAGACAGGAUGCUCCAACAGCGUCUGCAAUUAUGAAACUAAUCUUAACCCUGUGCUGUCAGAUACCCUUUUCUGGAGUCACAUCAGUGGGGAGGGAUGUGGGCAAGCAGAGUGGAGGGCGGGGGUGCUGUGGACGUGUGGGUGGAGAAAGGAGGGUGGUGAGCACUAGUAAAUGAGGAAUAGUGCUUGCUGGCCACAAGGAAAAGGAGGAGGUGUCUGGAGUGAGGGAGUCAAGGAGGGAGAAGCAGGCAGAUAAGUUGGAGUGGGGGUUGCUCAGGGCCGCCUCUGCCUCUAGUCCCCAAGGCCUCUCUCUGCCUAAAAUGUUACACAUUAAACAGGAUUUUACAGUAAA